UUUCAUAAUAACAACAUGGCCGCGUUCUGCAGAGGCAGACACCGGUGGAAAAAGAUUAAUUGUUUGCAUAUAUUUUCAAGAAAACUGACAGGAAAGUAUGACUAUGACCUGUUGGUUAUUGGUGGUGGCUCUGGAGGUCUUGCCUGUUCCAAAGAAGCGGCACAACUGGGACAGAAAGUUGCUGUUUUAGAUUACGUGGAGCCAUCUGCCAAAGGUACCAAGUGGGGCCUUGGUGGUACAUGUGUCAAUGUGGGCUGCAUUCCUAAGAAGCUCAUGCAUCAGGCUGCUUUACUUGGUACUGCAGUCAAAGAUGCUAGGAAGUAUGGCUGGCAGAUCCCAGGCACAAUCACCCAUGACUGGGCCACCAUGGCUGAGGCUGUUCAAAACCACGUCAAGUCUCUGAAUUGGGGUCACAGAGUUCAACUGCAGGACAAGAAGGUGAAAUAUAUGAACCUCAAAGGAAGUCUGGUGGAUGAACACACUGUCAGAGGACUGAAUAAAGCAGGGAAAGAGACCAUCCUGACUGCCAAGAACAUUGUGAUUGCCACAGGUGGACGGCCCAAGUACCCCACUAAUAUUCCUGGCGCGGUGGAGCACGGCAUCACCAGUGACGACAUAUUCUGGUUGAAGAAGUCUCCUGGAAAAACACUUGUGGUUGGAGCCAGCUAUGUAGCUUUGGAGUGUGCAGGCUUCCUCACAGGCAUCGGCUUGGACACCACAAUGAUGGUUCGCAGCAUCGCCCUUCGGGGUUUCGAUCAGCAAAUGGCAGGUCUAGUGACAGACUACAUGGAAGCCUAUGGGACGAGAUUUGCAUGGAAAUCUGUCCCAAACAGAGUAGACAAACUUCCCUCGGGAGCUCUCCAGGUCACCUGGACCAACACCCAGACAGGGGGCGAGCACAAGGACACAUUUGACUGUGUGUUAUGGGCAGUUGGUAGAGCUCCUGAAACUAAAGCCCUGGGGAUAGACAAGCUUGGCAUUCAGCUCAACAAGGAGACGGGGAAAAUAAUUGUAGGUGCUGAUGAAUCUACGUCGGUGCCAAACAUCUAUGCUUUUGGUGACAUUGGUGAGGGGCGUCCUGAGUUGACCCCAACAGCCAUCAAAGCAGGAAAGCUUCUGGCUCGCAGACUGGCAGGUCAAAGCGCUGAGCUCAUGAACUAUGACAAUGUGCCCACCACAGUGUUCACCCCGCUCGAGUACAGCUGUGUAGGUCUCUCUGAGGAGGAGGCUGAGAAGAGGCACGGAAAAGACCGAAUAGAGGUCUACCAUGCUUUCUACAAGCCCCUAGAAUUCACUGUUGCAGAGCGUGAUGCCAGCCAGUGUUACAUAAAGGUGGUGUGUGAGCGGGGUGGCAAUGGGAAGAUCCUGGGUCUGCAUUUCACUGGUCCAAAUGCUGGAGAAGUCGCACAAGGCUUUGCUAUGAGUUUCCAGUGUGGAGCGACAUAUUCUCACCUGGUACAGACAGUUGGAAUCCACCCCACCUGUGCAGAGGAGGUGGUCAAGGUCCACAUCACUAAGCGCUCUGGCUUGGACGCCACAGUAACCGGCUGCUGACUGAAGGACCCUGACCUCCGCUCAGCAGGAACAGCUUGACUCUAUCACUCGGAGCACAGAGGGCUCAUAUGCUGCGGCACUGCAUGGCAGGGGCCUUGGGAAAGGGAAGAGGGGGCGGUGAGGAGACAGACAGACAGAACCAUCCAAGCAGCCAACCAACACAACACCAAGUGGUGCCCGGGGUAAUUGAGUCCAUGUUCCUGUGCUUAACAGGCCACUUCAGAGACCCCAGGUUGGGCCCAAGGCAGCGUGAGGGAAGUCGUUGAGGCCAUCAGUGUAACUGUUAUGUCUGUUUGCUUUUUGCCCUCCAUUUCCCUUCUGCUUUGUUUUAUCUGCUGUUAUUUUAUGCACAAUAUGAUUGUUCAAACGCACAAAAUUAAAUAGUAUUUAUUUACAUUGUUUAGCAACAUUUCUGUCUAACUUGAAUUAUUUCUGUUCAUUGUUGAUCAGUCACUCUAGGCCCAAGUUUUGACCAGAUAGCCUCAGCUGUGCUCCGCGGGGGGUCAGGGUUCAACUUUCAGGUCAGCCAGCUAAUGAUGACCUGCACUAAAACCCAAAACUGGGGAGUGCAGGUCUGAUGUCACCUGGCUGCAAACUUUAGUAGCUGUAAAUAGAGAAGUGUCAUUUUCUGUUAAAGCUUUGUAAUACAUAAUUUAUAUGUAAAGUAAUAACACAUUUGGAUGCACUGUCUGUAAUAAAGUAAUGA